AUGCUCGACCAGGGAUACUGGUUGGACAGCGACGAUUUUGUGUCCACUGCGGACCUAGAUGCCGAGAACCUUGGAAAGGUUGGAUUUCCGAGGGAUUGGCCCGGUGUUUAUGGCUCCAGCAAGGCGCUGAAGCAAUUAGUUGGCAAGAAGGGGAAGUGUGCAGGAAAGAAGGUUGGAGUGGUUCCAGGUCCUGACGCCUCGCAGUUGUCUAUGGUCAAGGGCCUGAAGUUUUAUCCGCUUCAAAGCUUCUCGAACGCGGAACGUGUUGCCAAGGCCGCUGGCAUGGAUGUCGUCCGCGGUUGGGCAGUGUACGAGCAUUUGGACAAAGGUGUCAGCGAGGCCUUUGUGGCAGAGCGAUUUUGGUGGAAUUCUCUGCCCGACGGCACAUGGAUAGACUUCACUCCGAGGCCUGACGUGCUGCCGGAGAUACUACUCGCUGAAGCAGUCGAUGGAGCGCCCAAGGUCGUGGAUGUCUUGAGCAGCCGGCAGCAUUCGCUCAUGCUCAGUCUGCUUGCGCAGCGUUUUCCAGGCAGGGUGCAACGGCGCACCAGCAGUUUCUCAGCUGGGCUUCGGACUCUUGCCUGGGCCAGUCCAGUCUGCUUCCCACCGGCCCGCGCGCAGGUCACGACCAAAAUUCAACAAUCUGCCAAGGCCGCCGGUGUCGGCCGGGCCGGACGCUCCUCCCUUUCUCUGGUCGCAUCCGGAGAGGCUUCGCCGAAGCCAGCUGGCCCAGCGCCGGCCUCUCUGCAAGAGCUCGCGAGGUGCAGCCGAGAAGCUAGUGGCAGCCAUCUGCAGCCUACUCUGCUGUUUUUCGCACUGAAGUCCGAGACUCGGCUUGGCUCAGGCGGAUCCAGUCCGGCGACCUGGAGGCUUUCAGCGUCCAGAGCUCUCACGGGCUGA